AUGACUGACUGUAUGGUACCGGUAUGGCAAUCGAAGCUUGGAUUUUCGUCUAGAAAACAGAAUAAACUUUUCAUCAACGCGGAUGACAAGAGAGACAGCAGAUCCAAAUUGGAGGGACAAUCCCAAGAUAUCAUCGCCACAAGCGAACCGCUGUCCAGGAGACUCCUGCUGGCAUCGCCGUCUAGUAGUGACGUGUUCUUUCUACCGACACGACUUCCGAGAAGCUAUCUACCUGGUUGUUGCCUGGGCACUUUUGGAGGAGAAUGGCUCCUCGAUUACAACGACCGACGCCUCUCCGGCAGAGGUAAGAUACUUCGCAUUGGGAACAUAGAGCUGAUAACCCCCCUCCUCGCCCUGCCACCCGCCGAAAUCCGAGUGCCUCUCCGCCCUAGAACCAAACACCAGCGUGACCAUCAAGCCCGACAUGGCCACGCCCAUACUCAGCCCGGCAAAGACCAUGUAGGCGGCGUACUUCCCCCACCACCUCGUGUAGCGGCGCUUGAGAUGAGAUGCAAAUGGAAGAGCCACGCGACGAAGAUCCCAGCGUAG